GGGGAAAAGGCCUCUUAAACAUGGCGAAAGGUACUCUAUCGUAAUAUUUGCGAAUGUUGUAAAUUAUGUGGCAUUUUUUGUUAAAUCGGCUCAAUACGUUAUUUUUUUUGUACUUUUUUGUUACUUUAAAUUAUUUUAUUUUUUUUGUCUGUCCUGGCACGUGCUGUACAGCAUUCUCCAAGAUAUAUUCCCCCUAGUUGUUAUCCCCUUCGGGUGAACACCACGCUGUGAGGAAGUAGCGAAAGGUGUAUCCCAGCGAGUUGCGCACAAUUUGAGUUUGUUUCACCUCGUGCAGUUGCAUCGUUUGUAUGCUGCGCAGAGGUUGCCAGAAGAGAUUCGAUCUCGCGACAGGAAAAGCAGCGACGUACACGUAGGUAUAAACGUGCGUACGCGUGGGUACAAGCACAACUGCAGGAGGGGCACCAUCCAGUAGGCGUACCGCGCACCACGCCAAAUGGACGGGAAGAAGUACGACAUCCUGCUGCUUGGCAGCACGGGCUACACCGGGCAAAUGGUAUUGGAAUAUUUUUUGAAAAACUACCAAAGGGGGAUCUCCAGUGGGGAGGUAAAACUUCUCUGCGCAGUGAGAAGCACAAAAAAGUUGAGCGACAUUUUGUUAAGGAUAAAAGAAAAGGAGGCUAUCACAUGUAGUGAAAAGAUUGAAGCAAAACAAUGUGAUGUGGGGGACUACGAUUCGAUUUUAAGUUGUUGCAGGAUGUGCAGAGUGGUCAUCAGUACCGUGGGUCCCUAUGCAACGUACGGGUAUAACACUGUUAAGGCGUGUGUGGAAGGGAACUGCCACUACGUAGACGUGUGUGGUGAGCAUACGUUCAUGUUGAGCAUACACAAAGAGUUCAACGAAAUUGCCAAGGAGAAAAAGCUAAAAAUUAUUCACAGCGCAUCGUUCAUUUCGGCCAUUAGCGAUUUGGGGACAUUUAUAAUUCAAGAGGAGUUUUUAAAAAGGUACAAAGAGCCAUGUCCUUAUAUUCGAAUAAGACUCUCCGCGGAAGGUAGUGAGUUAAGAACGGUGGGGAAAACCACCAUAAGAAGUUUUUUGCAAUUUAGGAAGGACGUUCAAAAUGGCUACCAUGAACAUUACCUGUGUGAUGGUAAAUAUGACAAAGUGGUGAAUGAUAAGGUGAGUUCCUAUUUACAAGAAAAGGAAAAAAAAAAAAAAUCAUUUUUCGAUUAUGAGGAAGAAUUUGGAUACUGCUUUGGGACAGUUUAUUCCCGAGCGGAAGAAGCCUACGUUUUGUGGUCAAAUUAUUUGCUUAAUUAUAGGUAUGGGAAAAGCUUGACUGUGAGUUAUCAGCAGUAUGAUGCGCACUUGACGACUCCCAUGUACGUUUUGAGGAAAAUGCUAUCAUCUGUGAAGAAGGUGUUUAGUAGCGUGGUGGCGUUUGCGCUGAGUCCGUUUGGCUUGGGAGACUAUUUGGUGGGUAAGUACGUAGACUGGUUGCACACGCCGAAGACGGCGACCGAGUUGAGGAGGGCCUUUUGGGCGUGCACGGUGGUUGGGCAAUCCUGCGUGGGGGUGAGCAGUUCUUCGGAGGACGCGAAAGGGGGAAAGGGCCCUGUGGAGGGUACCCACCCGAAGAGCGGUAACCAGGAGAGCGGUAACCAGGAGUGCGGCAACCAGAAGAGCGGUAACCAGGAGAGCGUUAACCAGAACAGUGGCAGCCGGGAACGGAAGAUCUUCCUCCACUUGAGCGGAAAGAAUGAAGACCCGGGAUACCUCCUAAGCGCGAAAAUAAUAUCUGAGUCAGGGCUCUCGCUAUUAGAGUCGAACUUACCCGACACCUUUGGAGUCCUUUCCGUGUCCGUUGGCCUCGGCCAAGUCGUGGUGGAGCGGCUUCGACGGGCUUCGCUCGGCAUGCGCAUUGAGGUGUGAGCAGAGGUCAGCUGACAACACCAUCUGCACACAUUGAGCGUAGCAGUAAAGCCAGGGCGUGGCAACCAUCCUAGCCAUGAGUAAUUAUUGGGUCUCACAAUUUGUACGUCCCCCAUCGUUUGCUUAACCUGCGUUUUGCUUCCCCGUUUUUUAAAAAAAUGGAAUGUUUUUUUUUUUUUUUUUGUAAAAAUGUGGCAAAAUGUGAGUUGUUCGCUGGGCGCAAAAUGAAGUGCCUUUUUUUUUUUUUUCCCCACCCCAAAAUGGUACAUAAAUAGUGUCGUUGUGGCUGAGAACUUCGCCAUUACAUUCGUAUUUGUUCGUUUUUAUGGCGAGCCAUUUUGCCGCAUUCGGGAAUGGCCAACCGAAUAGUCAUUGCAAAAUGGCAAUCGAUAAAACAUCCUCCCCC